UCCUUUGUGAAUUAAUCCCACAAAAUCCUUCGCAAUUCUUCUAGAAAUCCGUUCGGACAUUAGAGUCGUUUCAUUUUAUUUCUAUUGUAAUUUUUCCUUUUGAUUCUCUCUUACUUUCCCUCGCUUUCUCACUAUCCAAAAAGCGUCGAAUCUUAUUUUCUCUUCGUCAAAUGGAGAUGACAAUGGAGGAUUCGUACUCGCAUAACGCUUUUCUUCUGUCCAUGGCUUGCGAAGCUCUCUCUGGUGUUGGACGGAGUCCGCUAUUUGCCAAGAUACCUAUACCGAGUACGCGACGAAUAUGUCAAGUUAGGGUUUUCUAAGACUCUUGUCUGAUAUUUGAUUUGCAAUUGCUUUUAGUUGGUUGUUUUCCUCUUUUCGGAAUUGAAAUUUAAAGAUAUCUUGAAACUCGCAGUUAAAUGUAAAAGUGAGCGGUAUUCGUGGUUCAGAAAUUGAUAUUUGGGGUGUCUGAAAAGUUCUUUUGAAAUCUAAGUUCUGUAGGGUUUCUUAUGGUUGUUGAUACUGUUCUUGUGCUGUGGUUUUAAGGAAUUUAAAAUAUCUUGAGUUUGAGAUUUAGGGUUUCAAUGUUGUCCGUGUUAAAUUUGUGUUUAGGUUUUACUUGAUUCCUGAAAGUAUCUUUGUCUUUACAUCUUUAAAGAAUUAAGCGACCCUUUUUUAUCCGGUUUGGGGUGGCAUUAAAUAAGUGCAAGUCUGUAAAAGUAAAAGAAGAGGCGGAACGGACUUUCAAUUUGAGAUUGAACAUUUUGGCGGGAAAAUUUUGUAUGGCGGAAAGGAGAGAAUUGGCGCUUCCUAGAACUACUGCUAGUAGCUUAAGGGAACGAUUGGCUAGAAUUACACUUCAUAAUGUCAGAGAACAAGGACACACAUAUGUGGAGCUUCGUGAAGACGGGAAGCGGUUCAUAUUCUUUUGCACUCUGUGUCUUUGUCCAUGUUACAGUGAUUCAGCGUUGUUUGAUCAUUUGAGGGGUAGUCUUCACACUGAGAGGUUAUCUGCUGCUAAGGUUACUCUCUUGGGUCCAAACCGUUGGCCUUUUAAUGAUGGUGUUCUUUUCUUUGAAAAUCCCUGUGAGAAAGAAAAACAAUUAAAGCAUGAUAAGUUGUUGGAGUGUCACAACAAUGAUAACAAUCUAGCUAUUGUUGAAUAUACUGGAAAUUACAUACUCAACAAUUAUGGGUGUGAUGGGGUUGAGUUGAACUGUGGGGAAAGUGCAAUCGGAAUCCAUGCUCAGAAUGGUGAUUGUGGGAACUGUGAUAAGGUGAUUCCAGGAGUGUACCAUAAGAGUAUAAUUACUGAUUUGAAAGUGAGGUUCAUCGGUAUCGGAAAACUUUCUGCAAGGAUGCUUCAGAAGGGUAAGGAUUCCGCUGAGAUCUCUAAAAUAUGGUGUGAGUGGUUGGGGAAAGACGGACCUGCUGACAAGGACACAGACAAGAUUCCAGAUCAUGACUUUGCUAUUAUAACUUUUGCUUAUACCUAUGAUCUGGGUAGACAUGGGCUGUUUGAUGAUGUGAAACUAUUACUCUCUUCUAGUCAUUCAGAAGAAUUGGAGAGUAGUGAGACUACUGCUAGGAAAAGAAAAAAAUCAUUUUCUGACCCAGAAGAUGUAAGUGAAUCAUUGAGUAUUCAAUCCAAUUCAUCGGGGGAGGUUGCUUCAGCCUCUAGUAGUGCUACAUCAAGUUUGCUUUUGGGUAGAUAUGAUGACCAGCUGCUGGACACAAGGUUUAUAUCUAGCAAGUCUAUAAGGCGAGAGUUGAGACGACAACAGCGCGUAGCAGCUGAAAGAAUGUGUGAUAUUUGUCAGCAAAAGAUACUUCUUGAUAAAGAUGUAGCGGCUUUAAUGAACACAAAGACUGGAAAACUUGUUUGCAGCAGUAGAAAUAUGAAUGGGUUAUUUCAUGUAUUUCACAUUUCCUGCCUCAUACACUGGAUCCUUCUCUGCGAGUAUGAAAUAAUGAUGAACUGUUCAGUCAAGCCAAAAUGGAAACACAAGUCUAGGAGAAAGAAUGGAGCCAAUCAGAAUGAGUUGGGGAAGGCUGGAGAACUUAUAUCUACAAACAAAAUUCAUUCUGUGCUCUGCCCAGUGUGCCAGGGUACUGGUGUGCACAUUGAGGGAGAUAAGCUUGAGGAAGUUACUAUCACUUUAUCUCAGAUGUUCAAAUAUAAGAUUAAAGUGAGUGAUGCACAUCGAGCUUGGAUGAAAAAUCCUGAAGUGUUACCAACCUGCUCAACGGGGUUUCAUUUUCCUCCUCAAUCUGAAGAAAUGUUUCAGGAAAAGGUGUUGCCUCUAAAAUUACUUCAUUUCUACAGUGCCAGUGAAGAGUAGUCAUGCACAAGUUUACUGAGGUGUGCCUUGCAAAAGACCUUAGGUUUGCUGUUAAAAAAACAUAUAUCAUGUAACCUGUUGUGCAGGUAACUGUCAUGCACUCAUUAAAUUCUUGAAUAGCCCUUGUGUGUUCAGGAGUUUAACCUGUGUGGAUAGCUGUAUAUAUGCUGUCUAACAGAGGUCCAUGUAUCAGUGUACAUGUCUGCAUUGUAAAUAAAUUGACUGUUGCUGGUA